AGUCAGCGCGCGGAGACUGCAGGCUCCGGCGCAAAAUCCUGCGGGAGAGGGGGUGGGGCGACGGCUCUGGAGGCAGCGCGCCCGCGGGUUGCUUCGUUGUGGCUCGUCAGGCUCCCGUGGCGACGGCGGCGUUUGCCUCGGUGUCUCCCGCGCGCACUCCAGCCGCCUCCUAGCGGCGCGGCGCCCUUUCCUACGCCUAAAAUGACGAAUGUGUGAUCUCAGUGGAAUAAAUGGCGUCCAAAGUCACAGAUGCUAUAGUGUGGUAUCAAAAGAAGAUUGGAGCAUAUGAUCAACAAAUAUGGGAAAAAUCUGUUGAACAAAGAGAAAUCAAGGGGUUAAGGAAUAAACCAAAGAAAACAGCACAUGUGAAACCAGAUCUCAUAGAUGUCGAUCUUGUAAGAGGGUCUGCAUUUGCUAAGGCAAAACCUGAAAGUCCAUGGACUUCUCUGACUAGAAAGGGAAUUGUUCGUGUUGUAUUUUUUCCCUUUUUCUUCCGGUGGUGGUUACAAGUAACAUCAAAAGUCAUCUUUUUCUGGCUUCUAGUCCUUUAUCUUCUUCAAGUUGCCGCAAUAGUAUUAUUCUGUUCCGCUUCUAGCCCACAUAGCAUACCUCUGACGGAAGUGAUUGGGCCGAUAUGGCUGAUGCUGCUCCUGGGAACUGUGCACUGCCAGAUUGUUUCAACGAGAACACCUAAACCUCCGCUAAGUACAGGAGGUAAAAGAAGAAGGAAAUUAAGAAAAGCAGCCCAUUUGGAAGUACAUAGGGAAGGAGAUGGUUCUAGUACCACAGAUAACACACAGGAGGGAGCGUUUCAGAGCCACGGUACAAGCACCGCUUACAGUGUUGGCGCUGUCUUCAGAGAUCUCUGGCAUGCUGCUUUCUUUUUAUCAGGAUCAAAGAAAGCAAAGAAUUCAAUUGAUAAAUCAACUGAGACUGACAAUGGCUAUGUAUCCCUUGAUGGGAAAAAGACUGUUAAAAGCAGCGAAGAUGGAGUACAAAGCCAUGAACUUCAGUGUGAAACUCUUCGGCCAGAAGAGGCAACCUGGAACACAGGAACACUGAGGAACAUUCCCAGCAAAGAUACCCAGAGGACAGUAACAAAUGUCUCUGAUGAAGUCUCCAGUGAAGAAGGUCCAGAGACAGGAUACCCACUGCGCCGUCAUGCAGACAGGACUUCCGAGAGCAUUCUUCGGAAUAGAAAGCCACACCAUUAUAAGAAACAUUACCCUAAUGAGGAUGCCCCUAAAUCGGGUACUAGUUGCAGCUCUCGCUGUUCAAGUUCCAGACAGGAUUCUGAGAGCACAAGGCCAGAAUCUGAAACAGAAGAUGUAUUAUGGGAAGACUUGUUACAUUGUGCAGAAUGCCGAUCAUCUUGUACCAGUGAGACAGAUGUGGAAAAUCCUCAAAUUAAUCCAUGUGUGAAAAAAGAAUAUAGAGACGACCCUUUUCAUCAGAGUCAUUUACCCUGGCUCCAUAGUUCCCACCCGGGAUUAGAAAAAAUAAGUGCUAUUGUAUGGGAAGGCAAUGACUGCAAGAAAGCAGACAUGUCUGUACUUGAAAUCAGUGGAAUGAUAAUGAACAGAGUAAACAGCCAUAUACCAGGAAUAGGAUACCAGAUUUUUGGAAAUGCAAUCUCUCUAAUCCUGGGUUUAACUCCAUUUGUUUUCCGACUCUCCCAAGCUACAGACUUGGAUCAACUCACAGCACAUUCUGCUUCAGAACUUUAUGUGAUUGCAUUUGGUUCUAAUGAAGAUGUCAUAGUUCUUUCUAUGGUUAUAAUAAGUUUUGUGGUUCGUGUGUCUCUUGUGUGGAUUUUCUUUUUUUUGCUCUGUGUAGCAGAAAGAACUUAUAAACAGCGAUUACUUUUUGCAAAACUCUUUGGACAUUUAACAUCGGCAAGGAGGGCUCGAAAAUCUGAGGUUCCCCAUUUCCGAUUGAAGAAAGUACAGAAUAUAAAAAUGUGGCUCUCUCUCCGGUCCUAUCUUAAGCGUCGAGGUCCUCAGCGAUCAGUUGAUGUCAUAGUUUCAUCUGCUUUCUUAUUAACUAUCUCAGUUGUAUUUAUCUGUUGUGCCCAGUUGCUUCAUGUACAUGAGAUCUUCCUUGAUUGUCACUACAAUUGGGAACUGGUAAUCUGGUGCAUCUCGUUAACACUUUUUCUCCUAAGAUUUGUUACCCUUGGAUCAGAAACAAGUAAAAAAUAUAGCAAUACCUCAAUAUUACUUACUGAACAGAUAAACCUCUACUUGAAAAUGGAGAAGAAACCUAACAAAAAGGAGGAACUGACACUAGUGAAUAAUGUUUUAAAACUGGCUACUAAACUGCUAAAGGAAUUGGACAGUCCCUUUAGAUUAUAUGGGCUUACAAUGAAUCCACUGCUUUAUAACAUCACCCAGGUUGUCAUCCUGUCAGCUGUUUCUGGUGUUAUCAGUGACUUACUUGGAUUUAAUUUAAAGCUUUGGAAGAUUAAAUCAUGACAAUUCAGAGAAAAGAAGAUGUAGCCUCUUUUCCAGAAUAAGAGUACCAACUAAGCUGCCUGAAAGCAGUCGCUGACUCUUUGCUUCAGGAGUCUCAGCUGGGAAAUUGAAGUGUUUACAUCAGACUGUCCUGUGCAAUUCUUAUAUUUAUUUCACUUUGUUCACUGUUUUUUACAUUUAUUUUAGUCUUUAUAUUUUAUUUUUAGCUUUGAUGUACUUACUUGUUGAAAGGGUGAUAAAACUGAUAUCCAGAUACUUGAGAUCCUGGUAAUUGCUCGUAAAUAAUGACAAAAUAACAAAUCGUGAGAAGAGAAGCCAUUGCUGAGCACUGUUUCUCCGUCAAUGCUGUGACUUGCCUUACUUGAGGAAAACUUCUUUAACUUUAUAGCCUAGCAUUGGACUCAGCUAAACACCUAAAGCAUUUUCUUCAGUAAAUCAAGAUCCAGUCAGGGUUUCUUUUGAAUUAUUUUGGAACAAUGCCAGGAUCUAAAUUGAUUAAGCUGCAGUUUAAGCACCCUUCAGUAUUAAUAUAUAUGGUAUUACACAACAGGUCAACAAGUGCUCUUUGAUGAUAAAACUCUUAAUAGAGCAAUAAUUGUAAAUGGUUACCAUACUGUAAGAUAUUUUGAUAAAACUUAACUAGUAAUAAUUGUAUUUAUUUGAAACACUGGGCUGUUUGCACAGCUCCAACUGUGCAUGCUCAAAAUGUGCACUUUUUAAAAUUGUUACUUUUAAUGCGUAUCUUUAUAUGGGAUAUGUUAUAGUGUACUAGGGCAUGAUAUGGUAUCCUUUUGAGUGAGGUAUAUGCUCAUCUCACAAGUGAAGUGCCUAUUGAUAUUACUAAAGUACAUUAAGUUUACUCAAGUAAAAUAAUUUUCUCCCUAUGGUACACUAUAGUGUAUGCUAUUCAUACCACACGCAAAUGAACAACUUAAGAAUAAGGUUAAGAACCAAUUAAAUAUUCUUCUGAUUGUUAGUUGUAAAACUGUAUCUGAAUUUUCAGGAAAAAUACCUAUAGCUUGCAAAUUCUACCUUCUAAACUUAGUCUGGUACAUCUCCCCCUCAACCCCCAAUUAUAUAAGGGCUAUUUUAGACGCUUUUAACCUAGAAAGUUAACCCCCUCCCCCCUAAAUAAUUUGCCAAGUUUCCAAAUGAGAACUUAUCCUGUUGGCAUGUUAGGUAAAUAGGGCGAAUAUGAUGGUAUCUUACAUUGGGCCUUGAUUUUAAGUUGUUAUGUUUGUACAAUCAAGAAAUUUUAGGAGUUACGUGAAACAUGAAAUGUUUUAGCAAACUUUUUUUUUUUUAAACUGGGUAUCUAGUUUCUAAAAGAAUUUAUUUGAGACAGUCUAGAAUUUUCUUGGUGCAAGGUGUAUCAUGUUGAAUAUCCUCACAUUUUUUACCAUGUUUUUGGGAAUUUAAAAUAAUUAAUUGUAAAUUAUUUAUUUGAUUGGUGCAGUUCUAAUCCCCAAAUCAUCAUCUUAAGGUCAGGAAUGUGUAGAGAACAGAGCCAUAUCGUAAUAUCACUUUGCUCUCACCAUUCCUUUUGAUCAGCCUCAAUUCAGCCAUAUUUUCUUUCUGUAGAAAACAACAAAAGUAUUUUGUUUUAUUUGCCUGUGUUCUAAUAUGUUUAAUAAUGACCAAAGUGCAUUCUGAGUUUUUUCAAGGAAUGUAUUACUGGAGCUUUAAGAACAUACUUAUUUUCUCCUGUGAAAAAUUAGGCUUUGUCUGAUAUGUUUCUUCUUCCUCUACUGUCUAAUGUUGAGGUUGUUUCUAGGAAUUAUAUUUUAUAAACUUUUUCAAAAUAAGGUACAUACCUAUACAGAACUUAACAUUUUGCACAGAAUAUAUCGAAUAUAUUUUGAAAAAAAAAAAAGUACAGCAUGAGUUCUGUUAGGAAUAAAAAUGAAACUAUUGUAUCUCACAGAAAAACUUAUUUCAGAAUGGAAAUAUUUUUGAGAAAAGUAGCUGAGUAAACUGAUUUAGGAAGAUGCUUGUUUUUGAUCGAAGUUCAUUUUAACUUAGAGUUGGGAGUUGAUUUAUUGAGUACAGUGUACCUCUCAACAACGUAUUAAUAUGUUGAAUUAUGUCACUAAUGUGGGCAGCAGUAGAAUACUGAAAGGAAAAAGUUGUCAUUUUAAGUAAUUUCAGAACAUUAAUGGAAAUGUUUGCAAAGCAGAAAAAUUGACAUUGCUGCCUUUAAGAGUACAAUGAAUGUAAGAAAUUGAAAGAAAUUGUAACAUAUCACAUAAUAUAGAAAAGGCAGUUCGAAGAUAGAAUUGUGGCAGAUGUUGUGUGUUAACUGUUGUUUCUUUGCCACACGUGUCAUAUUUGAAAGUUUGAACAGCAAGUUUAAAAUAAAACAUUCUAUGACUGACAGUAUUAAACUAGAAGUGCUUUCUUUUUUUCUAAUUUUCAAGUCAUGCACAUGUCUAUGAUAAUUUUAUAUUUACUGUAGCAUAAACUUUAGGUAUAACUGUUAGAUUUGAGAGGAGUGGGUAUACAUUUUUAAAAACUUUCCAGCAUUUCAGUUUUUGUUGAUUCUCAGAACAUGAAAGAAGAAUAUGUGUGCAGGCUUUUCAUCACCAAAAUGCUAUGACAUCAUUAAUGUUUGUUUGCUUGUUUGUUUGUAUUUAAAAACAGAAAACUGGCUGUAGCCUGGGAUAUUAAAAUUAAUUGCCAGAAGGAUAUUGGUGUUUUUAAUCAAGUGAUUUUGCACGUGAAUUCAGCACGAGAGAUUAUGGCCAAUAAUAACAUGGAGUAGCCCAAAUCAUCUGCAGUAUGAUAAGGAUCAUGGGUUCUGGAAUCAGGCAGAGCUGGGAUUCUUUGUGGCAUGUGUAUGGCCUUGGGCAAGUUACUUAACCUCCCUAAGCCUCAUCUGUAAAAUGAGGUGGAGAACUGCUGCUGGAGCCGAAAAUGGUUCCUGUGACUAUAAAAUUAGAGAACCGUCUGUGUGAUCGGCAGGGACCUGGUCCACCACCCUCCUAUGCAGCAAAACAUCAAUUUAUUUGUCCUCAAUCAAACUAAAUCUGGCAUUGAGCACCUACUCAGAAGACUAUCAAGAAUUCAAUAUGUUAUAUUUGGAGGAGCUUCGCCUCCCUAGAUUGACACAAAAUCCAGGGGAUUCAGCUACUACCUGGAAAAGAUGGAAGUGGCCUGGUCCUUAUUCUCUGGUGGUAGCUAUCCCUCCAUCCUGAUUCUUCUUCCUGGCCAACACUUCCUGUGUCUGUUGGGCAUGGAUGCUCCAGCCAGCUCAGAGAUGCUCCCCACAGAGGUCCUCCCCCCGCUGACCCCAGGCUCAGCUUCAAGAUCUUCACCUCUGCUUCAAGGCCUCGGAUAUUAGUGCCCAUCUCCUUCCACAGAUGCCUCACAGCUGUGCUCCAUUGCACAUCUGCAGCCUGUCUGGGGGAUGGGCCCCUCUCCCAGCAACCCUCACCCUCUCAUUUUCUACCAGAUGCUCUCAAUCCACCAGACUUCCAAGCCAAAGCCUGGCUGAGGAGUUGCCUUGUGGACCUUGAGAACUUCUGUUUUCAGCCCAGAAGCUCCAAAGUUUCUUGGCGCCUCUCGUACCCGGAGACCCUGUUGAUCCUUGUUACAUGCUGACAGCACGUUUUCUGUGGGUCCAGGAGUCUGGACAUGGCUUAAAUGGUCCUCUGCCCAGCGUCGCACAAGACUGCAAUCAAAAUGCCAGCUGCGCUGAAUUCUCAUUUGGAGAAUUAGCUGUAGAAUAAUCUUCUUGCAAGCUCAUCCAGUCCCCCCACCGUCCCCCACCGAAUCCGAGGUUGGUUGAAUUCACGGAUGUGGAACCUGAGGAAAAGGACAGCCGACCACGUAGUUCUUUCCAUAGUGGACUUGGACUUGACAAAAUGACAGCUUCAGAGGAGGGGUGUGCUUGUUGCUCCGCCCAGUCUCCACCUGGCUUUCUUCACUUUUUAUUUUCCGGCCUGACCUUGGAAACAUACAGUUAUGGUUUCACGCUGAUGCUUUUACAAAAAUGCUUCCUCUUCAAGAAGAUUUCCAGGAAGGACUUUCUGACAAAUACAGGUUUCUGACUUUCAGACCAUAACACUGAACUGGAAAGGGCCCCUGCACUGGACUGGUCUAUAGAGAGGGCUGCUGAUGUCAAAAUCACCUUAAAACAACACUCAAACAGAGGAGAAACUACACUCAUACCAGGAUAAGAAGAAGACAACAUUGGAAGUAGUCAGCUGCACCUGACUCGCUGCCAGACUCUUCACUUGAGGCUUUCAACCAUAUUCUCCUCUUGUCAAACAACUAAACUACACCUAUGCUUGAUGGAAAUUAAACAGCUGGUGCUCAGGAUACUACAAUUAGAAAGAGAGGGAAAGAGUCAACCCAAGGAAGCUGUUACAUGUGACUGCCGGUGAUGGGACCUGAUCUCCCUGUUUUACUUCUUUGACUUCAGGUGCAGGGAGCUGCCAAAGCCCCCGCAGUGGAACUGGGAGCUUUAGGAUCAGUUUAGGUCUGCCGUGGAUGCCAUAUGGACCAUGCUUGUUGGACACGUGGGACUUCAUGUCGGUGCUCCCAAGCCUUGGUGCCUCGUGGAUUUAUGCAUGUGACAGUGAAAAUAAAUUAAAACACCAUGAGACGGAACCUAAGAAGAACGGCCUGCAGGUAUUGAGGCGGGGCAGUGGGCUCAUCUGCCUGCAGCCGAGGCACCGGGUUUGAGGAUGCCCGGCAGCUUGUCGGAGCCUGGCACCUUCCAGGGCCCUGGCGCAACAGCAGCCUUGCGCACAGGGGUUCCCCCCGGGGGCCGCGUGCCCUGCCUGGGCCCCGCACGUGUGCCUGCCCUGCCCUCGGCCUCCCGCACACCCCCGCCGCGGCCUGGGCCCACGAACGCAGGUGCCACUCCAGGGCCUUCGCGCCGGCCGAGCUCGGGGCCCACUGCCGCAUGCAGCCCCUCCUUGCUGCUGGCCCGUGCUGCGUCCACUGCUGUGGGCCCGGGUGCCCUGGCCUCUGAGGAGGGCCUGCUGGCCUCAGGCUGCCCCUGGCCAGCAGGCCCCUCCGUGAGCCUCGGCUGCACGGCCCUCUGCGGGCUUGCCGAGAGCUCGCUCUGCUCCCCGAGGCGCUGCUUCUUCUGGCUGCCGGCUGAAAGCUCCUUUGGUUUCCUAACGUCGUGUUCCCUUUUGAUAUCCCAAGUUGGGUCUGGGCUUCUCGGGUUGUUAGGGUCGGAUGGUGGGGCUGGAUGUGAUGGAGAGAAUGGCGAGAGGACGUCCUCGAGGGAGACGCCUACUUGCGGCAGACCUGGGGGGGCAGCAGCGGGAGAGCUCCAGGAGCCGGAAUCGUCUGUGGGGCAGGAAGCGCAGGCGUCAGAGCUGUGCAGCACAUGCUUGUCACACUCCUGCCACCUCCCUCCACACCGGGAACGAGAGAAGGCGGCCAGGGGCCACUCCUCUCAAGGUCCCAGUCACUGCCACCCCCGCCCUCACUGCCAGGAGGGCAGCUGACCUUACCCCUGGGGGUUCUGUGUUCCUCGUCCUCCUUACACCACCCCUUCCCUCUUUGAGUGUGCAGGAAGGUGGUUACAAAGCUCAGGCCUAACCCAUCCCUUUGCCUUGGCCCCUUCUAACUUCCUGCAGUGUCAUCAGGUGUGCCAGCCCUGUGUGGAUAUCUGACUUGGGAGCACCUGAAUCAGUGGUUCUCAAACUCAAGGAUACAUGUGAAUCACCUGGGGCAGUUUUGAAAAAUACAGAUUCCUCAGUGGUCAGACCCAGAGAUUCCAGUAGGAUAGGGCCAAGGAAUUUCUCUGCAUUUUUAACAGGCACCCAGGUUAAUUCGGAAAAUGGUUGGGGGAGUAACUUUCUCAACCAUUAGGUGUCACUCAAGACAUAAUUCUUAGCUACCACCAGAUACAGAAUUUAGAUAAAUUCAUCUAUUAAAAGGUUCAUUAUUCCAUUCAGGGACAGAGGUGGUCAGCCAGGACAGGCUGGUGUGGAAGGAUUGGAACCCUUUUGUGAGGUUUUGCCUGCAGGUGUUAGAAAGUUUUGCAGAAACUUUGACUUCCUGGAUGGACACCCUUUAGGAGCUCCUUCCCAUAUAUAUAUAUAUAUAUAUAUAUAUAUAUAUAUAUAUAUAUAUAUAUAUAUAUCUCCAACUUUCCUUUGAGGUUAUAUUGUCAGAUUUGUGUUCCAAGAUUCAAACAGGUAAUAUGAAGCUGCCUAUUAGAUGUUCAAACUUUAUGGUUAAAACACAAAUUAUUUUAUUCUGCAAGAACCUGAUGUUGGUUGGAGACAAGAUGGCAGCGUAAAAGGACGUUGAGCUCGCUUCCUCUCACAAGCAUGCCAAAAGCACAACUAACUGCUAAACAACCAUUGAUAAAAAAGACUGGAAUCUACCAAAAAAACAAUCCAAAGACAUAAGAAGAAACCAAGAGAUGGUAGGAGGGGUGCACUCAUGAUAUAAUCAAAUCCCGUAUGACCCAGGUGGGUGACCCACAAACUGGAGAAUAAUUAUAUCACAAAAGUUCUCCCACCAGAGAGAGAGAGAGCUCUGAGCCCCAUGCCAGGCUCCCCAGCCUAGCGGUCUGGCAGGAGGAGGUGGAGUCCCCAGAGUAUUUGUCUUUGAAGGCCAGCAGGGCUUGAGUGCAGGAGCCCCACAGUCCUGGGGGAAACGAAGACUCCACUGUUGGCGUCCACACUGUACUCCACUGUUGGAGUCUUGUAUGCAACGGGACCCGGGGCAAAAGGAGUAACUCCAUAGGAGCUUGGGCCAGACCUACCUGCUGGUCUUGGCGAGCCUCCUGCCAAGGUGGGGGGCAGCUGUGGCCCUUGCUGGCGAUGGACACAGCAGGGACCUACGUGGACUCUGGCUGGAGGCAGAGACUUGGGGCCCUUGGCACCAAGACCUGGUCCCCCAAACAGCCUGUAGGCUCCAGCACUGGGAGGCCUCAGGGCAACCCACCAACAGGGUGGGAGCACAACCCCACCCAGCAGACAGACAACAGUCACCCAAGUCCAGGAAGCGCAGAGAGUCCCAUACAGGACUAACCCACGGAGGAACACGCUGAGACACAGAGCAAAGAGAAAAUAUUAAAAGCAAUAAGGGAAAAGCAAAACAUUACAUACAAGGGAGCCCCCAUAAGAUUAUCAGCUGAUUCUUCAGCAGAAACUCUGCAGGCCAGAAGGGAGUGGCAAGGCAUAUUUAAAGUGAUGAGAGGGGAAAAUCUACAACCAAGAUUACUCUACCCAGCAAGGAUCUCAUUCAGAUUGGAUGGAGAAAUUAAAAGCUUUACAGACAAGAAGACACUAAAAGAAUUCAGCACCACCAAACCAGCUUUACAACAGAUGCUAAAGAAACUUCUCUAAGUGGAAAAGACAAGGCCACAACUCGAAAAAAAGUAUGAAAUGGGAAAGUUCACUAAUAAGGUCAGGAAAUCGUCCACACACAAAUAUGAUACCAAAAUCAGUAAUUGUGAGACGAGGAGAGCACGAAUGCAGCAUACUUAAAAUGCACUUGAAAUUAAGAGAUCAGCAACUUAAACAAUCAUGCAUACAUACAGACUGCUAUAUCAAAACCUUACGGUAACCACAAACGAAGAGUCUAUAAUAGAUAUACACACACACACACAAGGAAUCCAAAGACAACACUAAAGAUAGUCAUCAAAUCACAAGAGAACAACAAAGGAAAAAAAAAGACCUACAAAAACAAAUCCAAACAAUUAAUAAAAUGGCAAUUAGAACAUACAUAUUGAUAAUUACCUUAAAUGUAAAUGGAUUAAAUGCUCCCACCAAAAGACAUAGACUGGCUGAAUGGAUACAAAAACAAGACAUGUAUAUAUGCUGUCUACAAGAGACCCACUUCAGACCUAGGGACACAUACAGACUGAAAGGGGAUGGAAAAAGAUAUUCCAUGCCAAUGGAAAUCAAAAGAAAGCUGGAGUAGCAAUACUCAUAUCUGACAAACUAGACUUUAAAAUAAAGACUGUUACAAGAGACAAGGAAGGACACUACAUAAUGAUCAAGGGAUCAAUCCAAGAAGAUAUAACAAUUGUAAAUAUAUAUGCGCCCAACAGAGGAUCACCUCAAUAUAUACGGCAAAUGUUAACAGACAUAGGAGAAAUUGACAGUAAUGCAGUAAUAGUGGGGGAUUUUAACACCCCACUUAAAUCAAUAGAUCAUCCAGACAGAAAAUCAAUAAGGAAACGCAGGCCUUAAAUGACACAUUAGACCAGAUGAACUAAAUUGAUACUUAAAGAACAUUCCAUGCUAAAGGAGAACAUAACAUUCUUCUCAAGUGCACAUGCAACAUUCUCCAGAGCAGAUCCCAUGCUGGGCCACAGAGGAAGUCUUGAUAAGUUUAAGAAAAUUGAAAUCAAAUGAAGCAUCUUUUCCAACCACAACACUAUGAGUUUAGAAAUUAAGUUGAAGAAAAAAAAUGCAAAAACCACAAACACAUGGAGGAUAAACAAUCUGCUACUAAAUAACCAAUGGCUCACUGAAGAAAUCAAAGAGGGAAUCAAAAAAUACCUACAGACAAAUGACAAUGAUCCAAGACCUAUGGGAGGCAGCAAAAGCAGUUCUAGGAGGGAAGUGUGCAGCAACACUCUUACCUCAAGACACAAACAUCUCAAACAACCUAACCUUACACCUAAAGGAGCUAGAGAAAGAAGAACAAACAAAACCCAAAGUUAGUAGAUGGAAAGAAGUCAUCAAGAUCAGAGCAGAAAUAAAGGAAACAAUAGCAAAGAUCAAUAAAACUAAAAGCUGGUUCUUUGAAAAGAUAAACAAAAUUGAUAAAUCUUUAGCCAGACUCAUCAAGAAAAAGGAUAGGACCCAAAUCAGUAAAAUGAGAAAUGAAAAUGGAGAAGUUACAGCAGACACCGCAGAAACACAAAGGCAUCCUAAGAGACUACUACAAGGAACUCUAUGCCAAUAAAAUGGACAACCUGGAAGAAAUGGACAAAUUCUUAGAAAGGGACACUCUCCCAAGACUGAACCAGGAAGAUACGAACAGACCAAUUACAAGUACUGAAAUUGAAUCUGUGAUUAAAGAACUCCCAACAAACAAAAGUCCAGGACCAGAUGGCUACACGGGCGAAUUCUACCAAACAUUUGGAGAAGAGGUAACUUACACCUAUCCUUCUGAAGCUAUUUCAAAGAAUUGCAGAGAAAGGAACACUUACAAACCCAUUCUAUGAGGCAACCAUCACCCUAAUACCAAAAUCAGACAAAGAGUCCACCAGAAAAAGAAAAUCAUAGGCCAAUAUCACUGAUGAGCAUAGACGUAAAAAUCCUCAACAAAAUCCACAAACUGAAUUCAACAUUAAACGGAUCAUACACCAUGAUCAAGUGGAAUUUAUCCCAGGGAUACAAGGAUUUUUCAAUACCCACGAAUCAGUGUGAUACACCACAUUAACAAAUUGAAGAAAAAAGCCCAGAUGAUCAUCUCAACAGAUGCAGAAAAAGCUUUUGAUAAAAUUCAACAUCCAUUUAUGAUUAAAAAACACUCCGGGCUUCCCUGGUAGCACAGUGGUUAAGAGUCCGCCUGCCGAUGCAGGGGACGCAGGUUCGUGCUCCGGUCCAGGAAGAUCCCACAUGCUGCGGAGUGGCUGGCCCCAUGAGCCAUGGCCGCUGAGCCUGCACAUCUGGAGCCUGUGCUCUGCAAUGGGAGAGGCCACAACAGUCAGAGGCCCAUGUUCCACAAAAAAACAAAAACAAAAAAAACCUCUCCAGAAACUGGGCAUAGACGGAACCUACCUCAACAUAAUAAAGGCCAUUUAUGACAGACACACAGCAAACAUCAUUCUCAAUGGUGAAAAACUGAAAGCAUUUUCUGUAAGAUCAGGAACAAGACAAGGUUGUCCUCUCUCACCACUUUUAUUCAACAUAGUUUUACAAGUCAUAGCCCCAGCCAUCAGAGAAGAAAAAGAAAUAAAGGGGAUCCAAAUUGGAAAAAAAGGAGUAAAACUGUCACUGUUUGCAGAUGACAUGAUACUAUAAUACCUAGAAAAUCCUAAAGAUGCUACCAGAAAACUACUAGAGCUCAUCAAUGUAUUUGGUAAAGUUGCAAGAUACAAAAUUAAUACACAGAAAUCUGUUGCACUUUUAUGCAUUAACAAUGAAAGAUAAGAAAGAGAAACUAAGGAAACAAUCCCACUUACCACUUCAUCAAAAAGAAUAAAAUACCUAGGAAUAAACCUAAGGAGGCAAAAGACCUGUACUCUGAAAACUAUAAGACACUGAUGAAAGAAACUGAAGAUGACCCAAACAGAUGGAAAGAUACACCGUGUUCUUGGACUGGAAGAAUCAACAUUGUCCAAAUGACUGUACUACCCAAGGCAAUCUACAGAUUCAGUGCAAUCCCUAUCAAAUUAGCAAUGGCAUUUUUCACAGAACUAGAACAAAAAAUUUUUAAAGUUGUAUGGAAACACAAAAGACCCCAAACAGUCAAAGCAAUCUUGAGAAAAAAAAAAAAAAAAAAAUGAGCUGGAGGAAUAAGGCUCCCUGACUUCACACUAAACUACAAAGCUACAGUAGUCAAAACAGUAUGAUACUGGCACAAAAACAGACACAUAGAUCAAUGGAACAGGAUAGAAAGCCCAGAAAUAAACCCAUGCACCUAUCAUCAAUUAAUCUAUGACAAAGGAGGCAAGAGUAUACAUUGGAGAAAAGACAGUCUCUUCAAUAAGUGGUGCUGGGAAAACUGGUCAGCUACAUGUAUUGCGUUGGCCAAAAUGUAUGUUUGGGUUCUUCCAUAAUCUUAUGGAAUUAUUACCUAAUUAAUUACCUAAUUAGUCUUACAGAAAAACCCAAACGAACUUCUUAGCCAACCCAAUAAAAGAAUGAAAUUAGAACAUUCUCUAACACCAUACACAAAAAUAAAUUCAAAUGGAUUAAAGACCUAAAUGUAAGACUGGAUACUAUAAAACUUCUAGAGGAAAACAUAGGCAGGACACUCUUCAACAUAAAUCGUGACACUAUCUUUUUGGAUCUGUCUCCUAGAGUAAUGAAAAUAAAAAGAAAAAUAAACAAAUGGGAACCAAUGAAACUUAAAAGCUUCUGCAUAGCAAAGGAAACUAUAAACAAGAAGACUACCUAUAGAAUGGGAGAAAACAUUUGAAAAUGAUGCAACCAACAAGGGAUUAAUUUCCAAAAUAUACAAACAGCUCAUACAGUUCAAUAUUAGAAAACCAAACAACCCAAUCAAAAAAUGGGCAGAAUAUCUAAAUAGACAUUUCUCCAAAGAAGACAUACAGAUGGCCAAUAGGCACAUGAAAAGAUGCUCAACAUCACUAACAGAGAAAUGCAGAUCAAAACUACAAUUCAGGGAUCACCUCACGCUGGUCAGAAUGGCCAUCAUCAAAAAGUCUACAAGCAGGGCCUCCCUGGUGGCGCAAGUGGUUGAGAGUCCGCCUGCCGAUGCAGGGGAUACG